AUGCCACGUUCCCUCCUACCCAAGUCCGAGGCGAUGUCCUCGUCCCCGUCCCCGUCGCUGGACGCGGCGUUUGCUGGUGGCGAGGCACCCCCAAAGCGUCGCUGCAUUUCCAGUGCCUGCAUGCCAUGUCGGAAGCGCAAAUCAAAGUGCGAUGGGCUUCAACCGGCCUGCCAUGCCUGUACCACCGCGUAUCACUCAGAAUGCUACUAUGAUAUCGAUAGUGACCAUCGGCGGAAGGGAGCCUUGAAGCGCGACAUCGCCCAAUUGAAGGAAGACCUUGGCCCUCGAAAUGCCAUUCUGGAUGCCAUCAGAAAAGGCUCCGAAUCCGUUGUCGAUGAUAUAAUUGAAUUGAUAAGGUCUAAUCCGGAUGAAAGCUGGGAUUCUAUAGCUGAGCGUGUGGAAACCCCCAGCUUCGGUGCGACGGAGAAGGCGCCGCUGUCUUCGUAUCUUGAAGGGGAGGUCGAUAGCUUCUCGGUGAAGGCAUUGGCAAAACCUGGGGACAGUCGGCAGUAUGGGCAUACCUCGAAUCUCUCAUCGCUCCUAGAUGAUGAUAUUGCGCCAGUAUCGGAAAUCAGUCAGUGCGGGGCUUGGACGAAUGUGACGGACAAUGAGGACCUCAUCAAACACCUUUUGGACGUGUACCUUGCGUGGUCUCAUCCAUUAUAUAUGCUCUUUUCCGAGGAAGCCUUCUUAUACGGUAUGCAGGAGCGAAAGCUCAAGUACUGCACCCCUUUGCUGGUCAAUGCCGUCCUGGCUGUUGGAUGCCAUUUCUCAGACCGCCCAGAAGCCCGAGCCGAUCCCAACGAUACCUCAACCGUUGGUGGCCACUUCUUCGCUGAGGCAGUUCGACUGUUUCAGGAAAACGGUCGGCCGUCCCUUACCAGUGUCCAAGCUCUCGCUGCAAUGUCACUUCAUCAGGCCAUGAACAAUAAUGACAGUAGUGGGUGGCUCUACAUGUGCCAAACAAUUGGCAUGGUGAUUGAGCUUGGCCUACACACAAACCAACCUACUCAAUCGAACGGGGAGAUGAUAGAAUUAGAAGCUGCGGCACGCAGAAUCACGUUUUGGGGGUGUUAUUUUCUUCAGACUGCUUGGGGAAUGUGCGUUGGACGUAUUUCCAUGCUACCGAGGACAGCCAUUCGGGUUGGGAAGCAGGAUAUAUCAGACCACCUAGAGAGCAAAAUCUGGAUACCAUCCGGUCAUCCAAAUUAUCCUAGUCUAGCAAGUGGAAUCGAACAGCCAGGCAUGAGAUAUACCCUUCUCCUACACUCCAGCCUCCUUUGUGAGAUUGUGGACGACAUCGUACAAUUAUUUUACGCCUCCCGGGACCGAAUCACCAGCCGCAAACUACAACACCAUCAUGAAAAGCUUCAAGAGUGGCACAAGGCUCUUCCAGAAUCUCUCGCCAUAAAGGACACGCCAACAUUACCUCAAGUUAUCUGUCUACAUGUCUAUUACCAUAAUUGCGUUAUCCAGCUCUUCCGACCUUUCCUGCGCUACCAAUUUGUAGAAGGUACCCGGACGCCUCGUCAGAUAGCCACCAAAGCUGCCAACAAAAUUUCCGAAUUAAUGGCCCUUUAUACCCAAACUUACAGUCUUCGCAGACCCGUAUUCAUGUCUUCGCAUUGCAUAGUGACAGCAGCUGUCAUCCACCUAGUCACUCUGUCCCCACCAAAUGUCCCUCCAAAAAUCCGCGAGCAAACAGAGAUACACGUCGCCAACGCUAUCCGUACCCUACACGAAAUGCACCGGAGUUUUCCUAUCGUGGUAAGGUAUCUAAAAUCCAUCCGAGUCCUCAUAACGAGAUGGUGUCCUGUCAUUCCAGAAAGGAUACAGGAAGCCAUGGUGGACGCAGGCAUGGGGUCACCGAUCUCAACAUCCUCAAACCCACCCGAUCUCAACUCACAACGAUACACCAACCACGCUAAUCACACCUAUCAUACCAACCAAAUGAUAAUUGACGACCGCAAACCGUCAGUCCAUGACGCCAAUCCUCAUCCUCACGUCAUUGGCCCCCCCGUCCAAAACCAAACCCGCUGUCAAACGCACAACUACCAACCCUUAUUCUGGACUCCUUUCCCACACGAAGGCGACGGCGUCCCACUUGCUCUACCACCCGAGCUGCACGAACCUGUUAACCAGCAUAUGGGCAUCGCCGGUAUGCCCCCCCUAGCCAUUGAUCGGGAUUGGUCGCAGUUGAAUCGCUAUGGGUUUACGAUGAAUGGGACUGGAGAGGGGGAUGUGGCGCUUUGGGAACUUAAUUGGGAUAACCAUCUCGGUUCAUGA